AUGACAAGCCCAUUCUCGAGUAUGCUGGUCUCCCCAGACCAAUUCCACGCCGCCGUGAACUCACCCACACCCACCCGGCGAAUCAUCCCUGUAGCCGCCGGCCGGCGCGCAGUCCACACCCCCGCCUAUCAUGCCCAGCAUAUCCCCAACUCCGUCUUCUUCGACAUGGAUCUCAUCAGAGAUACCACCUCGCCAUACCCACAGAUGCUCCCCACGGCGUCACACUUCGCCGCCUGCGUAGCAGCCCUAGGCAUCAAGAAGGACGACGUGCUAGUAAUCUACGACGCAGUAGACGUGGGGAUCUACAGCUCGCCGCGCGUGGCGUGGAUGUUCCGCUUCUUUGGUCAUGAGGCCGUGCAUGUGUUGAAUAAUUUCCGUGUGUAUGUGCGACUGGGCUACCCCGUUGCCACCGGGGAGAUGCGGGCUCUCGCGUCUGUCUCUGAGUAUCCCGUUACUCCGCCGGCCAGCGACCGGGUGAUUUCGUUUGAGGAGUUGAGGGAGCUGGUUCUGAAGGAUUCAAAAGUGGUUCAGAUUGUGGAUUCGCGGAUUGCGGGGCGGUUUAGCGGGGAGGAAGACGAGGCGGUUGCUGGGUUGAGUUCGGGGCAUAUGCCGCGGGCGGUUAAUGUGCCGUUGGCGGCGAUGCUGGAGGAGGAGUCGAGUACGUUCCUGUCGGUGAAGAAGCUGGCUGAAGUAUUUGAGAGGGCGGGGGUCGAUGGGCGAGUGCCGUUGGUGUUGACGUGCAAUUCUGGGGUGACGGCUGCGGCACUGGAUUUGGCGCUGGGGGAGACUGGAUAUAAAAAUCCAAAACGGAUCUACGAUGGGAGUUGGAUGGAGUGGGCGAGGCGGGUGGAUCAACCGGAGUUGAUUGUUAAGGAUGUGCAUUGA